GGAGGGUGCUCGAUGGGGGAGGGCCCUGAUAUGCGGAAGCGGCAGACUGAAUUCUUGUUGUCACACUAAUGUGACUUUUUAACAAGAAGACUUACACUCUGAGCUCACGGAACGAUCUCAUCCUCCGACAAUGUCCGACUCGAUUAAGAAUGUCGCCGUUUUUGGAGCGACGGGAAUGACCGGCCAGGCCACCGUUACCCUCGCGGCGGCUGCAGGUUACAAUGUGACAGUGCUUGUUCGGGACCCCGCCAGGCUACCUGCUGAUCACAAGGCAUCCAGGGUAGUGGUGGGGGACGUUCUCAAUAUGGACGAUGUGAAAAAGACCAUGGAGGGUCAGGAUGCCGUCAUCAUUGUCCUGGGAACCAGGAGCGACCUGAGUCCGACCACCAUGAUGUCUGAUGGUACCAAAAACAUAGUGGAGGCCAUGAAGGCUCGCGGCAUCCGCAAAGUGGUCGGCUGUAUGUCAGCCUUCCUGCUGUGGGAUCGCGCCAAAGUCCCACCCCGUAUGAUUCCCCUCACAGAAGACCAUGACAGGAUGUACAAUGUCCUCAAGUUGUCUGGUCUGGACUACGUGGCCGUUAUGCCGCCUCACAUUGCUGGCGAUCUUCCUCUGACAGAGCAAUACUCAGCGACAGAGAACAUGCUGAAAGGACGGACCAUCUCCAAACACGACCUGGGACACUUCUUCGUCAAAUGUCUGUCCACCAGCGAGUGGGACGGCAAGGCAGUGGGAGUGUGGGGGGAGUACAAAUAGUGCCUCUGUACUAUGUUUUCUUACUUUCCUUUUCCACCAAACACAUGGGAGUGAGUGAUGAUGCAGCUUUUCAAUACAAAAUGCAUAAAAUACAGUUUCUUUUCUAAAAUGUAUAUCAAACCACAUUUACACAGGAGACGUUUUAAAGAGAUGUCAAACAUGGCUUCCGCCACACAUUGAUUCCCACUUGGAAAGAAUGAUUUGUUUUGCGUCUCUGAAAUAAAUUUUGAGCAAUCUG